AUGGUACCUUUGAUUUGCCGAGUUGUUGACAUUUUUGAUGUCGGCGUCAAAGGCGUGCGCGUAUUCCUCGACUGUCGCGACAGGUUUUACAAAUGCGUGGCGAGGUUGGACGCCAUUUGCAAGUGGCUUCCUACAACGCCGCCGCCAGACGCCAGUAUUAAGCCGCAAAUUAUGGAUACCGCGGACUUUCCCGGGGUAUCUAUGACCUUCAUUUCCCCCUAUCGAGCUACGCUGCCCUGGCUGAGCUUUCGUGCGGAUCUCUACCUUGCAGGGAUGGCUUGCCAUGGGAUUGUUCUUCGCCUGGAGGAUAACCCCCAGCUAGAGUACCUAACGCACUCGGCCACAGGCCCCACACAGCGUCAGCCGGGUAUACUUCCGCAGAGCCGAAACCUUCGGAGCCCAUCGCCUUUUCAAUUGCCGCCUGCUCUCUCAACUCCUCCUAGCAGCAAUGUGGCAGAAAUUGGCGACUUGGAAGUGACAAGAGAAAUAGCCGCCGAAAAUCUUACCAACCGGAAAAGGAAGUUAAAAACGGCGGAUGAGGAUGAGUUUGGGGUCGCACGAAGGCGAUUGGUUUAA